UUGUGCCUUUUUUAGUUUACACGGUAACAUCACCAGGCUGUCAGAACAGGCUGACUAAACUAACUAACCGGUUACAGCUGACAGUUAACCGAGCUUAGCUUGCUAGCCCAGCUGUCUUUACAGUCUUUGUUCAAGCAAGUCAGCUAGCAGCAGGCGCUGUUUGAUCUGUCAGCCAGGAAACACUGGAGUUAACUGUUCUGUUAUAUUUUUCCUUUUGACGAGAAUCAAGAAAACCAAGAUAGGCGGCUUGGGAACCAAGAUGUCAAAUCGAGUGGUGUGCAGGGAAGCAAGUCACGCCGGGAGUUGGUACUCAGCUUCGGGAUCCCAGCUGAAUGCACAACUAGAAGGCUGGCUGUCCCAAGCACAGUCCACAAUCAGACCUGCUAGAGCCAUCAUUGCACCCCAUGCUGGAUACACCUAUUGUGGUGCUUGUGCAGCACAUGCUUACAAGCAGGUGGAUCCCUCUGUUACUCGUAGGGUGUUCAUUCUGGGACCUUCACACCAUGUACCCCUCUCUCGCUGUGCCCUGUCACCUGCAGAAGUCUAUAGAACUCCUCUCUAUGACCUGAGAAUCGACCAGAAAGUUUAUGCAGACCUCUGGAAGACUGGCCUGUUUGAGAGGAUGACCCUGCAGACAGAUGAAGAUGAGCACAGUAUUGAAAUGCACUUGCCUUACACUGCUAAAGCCAUGGAGAGCCACAAAGAAGAGUUCAGCAUUGUUCCUGUGCUUGUUGGCGCUCUGAGCGAGUCUAAGGAGCAGGAAUAUGGAAGGCUGCUCAGCAAAUAUCUGGCAGACCCUUCCAACCUUUUCAUCAUCUCCUCUGACUUCUGCCACUGGGGUCAACGGUUUCGCUACACCUACUAUGAUGAAUCUCAAGGAGAGAUCUACAGAUCUAUUGAGCAUCUUGAUAAGAUGGGAAUGAGCAUUAUAGAGCAGCUGGAUCCAAUUUCUUUCACCAACUACUUGAAGAAGUACCGUAACACCAUCUGUGGGCGCCACCCUAUUGGAGUGCUGCUAAAUGCCGUGGCCGAGCUUAGGAAGUCUGGUUUAGACAUGAACUUUUCUUUCCUCAACUACGCCCAAUCGAGUCAGUGCAGGAACUGGCAGGACAGCUCCGUGAGUUAUGCUGCCGGGGCGCUCAUCGUUCAUUGAGGUCAACUUCUGCAGGGGCCACCGCACCGCCGCCACCCUGCCCUUACUAUCUUAAUGCCAUAAUCUUGACCCAUGAACCCCAGAUCCUAACCCCCCCACCCCCACCCCAGUAAUGCCCACUAUUUGCAGGAAAACUUAGAUAAUGGAAGCCAAUAAAGUAAUUUCCCUUAAGUCCCUCAGCUCUUCGUCCCUUUUCUCCACCCGCCUCUCAGUUUGAAGUGUCUUCCGAGCUUUUGGUUGCAGAGAAGUUAUCAGAGAUAAGAGGCGAUGAGGAGCAUAUCUUUUCUUUAUGCAUUGUUCCCCUAGAUCCUUUUGUUUUCCCUACACUAAAGAGGAUUAGCGAUGUGAAAAGAUGAUUUAUUUGGAUUUGAUGUGUUCUCUUGUAACUUUCCCUAGAGUCAAACCAGUUAAAAUAAAAACUGCAAAUACUACUGGAGAUUAUUCAGAUGCCAGAAGAGGGUGGAGUCUAUAUUCUGACUCCAUCACAAUGUAUGCUAAGGAAACUUCAUAGGUAACUGGUACCACUGUCUAGCAUAUAUAGUUGCUUAAAAAGGGCUGCACCCAACACAUUUAAUGUACACCCUACUGUAUAAACCAAAAACAACGUUAUCAUAAUAAUGGUUUAUUAAAUAUAUUUUAUUCCUAUUUUAACCUUUUUUUUUUUUUUACUUUUUAGAGGUUCUGAUAGAUGUGAUAGUAUGAACUGGAUUAGUAUGUAGAUUAGAGUAGCAGCUUCGUCACUUUGGCUCUGAGGCUGUCAACAUUGUGUGGCCCACAGGUUGGUGUGCUCACCACUGAUCCUUCACUCCAGUCAUAUGUUUAUUGCAGUAAAGUUUGCAAUAUGAGAGCCUUGCUAGAGUUAAAGGUGCCACAGAUAUGUAAUCAAAUCUCAACCCCAACCCAGCAACCUCGUUUUUUUAUUUUAUUUACUUUUUUACACCUCCACAUUGAAUCUCUGCCGUAACUGGAUUUUCAGAUGAGUACAUUUCAAAUGUUUUUUUUUUUUUCUUGACUUGUAAAAUGUUUUGUUACAUGUUCAGCAGAGCUCUCAGCAUAGUACAAACAAACUGGCCAAGCUGGGAUGACGAAUAACUUCAAGGAUUACAUGUUUUUGAUGGAGGUUUUUAUUUACAGCUCUUUGUUUCAAUUUUUUUAAUUUACAUAAAAAUAAAUACGCACAAUCCUUUCUUUUCAGUUA